AUGGAGGCUUUACCAACAGAAGCCAAAGAAACGUACAAUUUAUUUGCUUCUAAACCAGUUUUGGAAAAUAUGCUUCGUAAGCCUAAUUGGGCUCAGAAUAGGACUGCGGUUGAGACGGUUUUUCACUCAAAACAAGAUGCGAUGAAUUUCAUGAGCCUCCUCGCGAAGUUAACCAACUUAUCUUUUUAUCAAAUGCCGAAACGUGAUGAUAGCAUUGAAUUAUGGAUAUCGAGGGAUCAGGGUUCUUUUGUUCAGUUGGAACUUUUUCGUGGCUAUUUCAUUCGCUUUACUUGCUCAAUUGGAAGCAAUGUUACGGUUAACUUGAGUGACCCAAUUAUCGGAGCUAUCCUUGAGCGAGCUGAAAGAAAUGAGACAAUUUGGGCAUCGAUUGGAUUCUUGCGAUAUUACUGUGAAAAUCUUCGGCAGAGAGUGGGCCUUCUUUCAUCAGAUGAUUGGUGCAUUUAUGCUCUUACUAGCGAUCUCGUGUCAAAGACGGUGGUCAACGAGCUACGCGAGGACAAACAUUUCAAAAAGAUCCAGUCCUGGUUGUCCACUGUUGCUCUGGAAGCCGAAGCAAGCAUUGCACUUGAUCUAUCUACAAAGCUUAUGAGCGUUGCUGUUGGCGAACUUGCGGUGUCUUCUUUUCCAAAGACCGCAUUAAAGACAUGGAAUCGUCGCCAAGUGAAAAUGAUGGAUUCUUCAACUAGUGAACAAAUUUGGGGUGCAUACUUCGCAUCUAAAAAGCGCUAUAACAAGAAGUUACUUGAAAAGAAUGAACUUGUAAAGGAUCCAAUGGCAAAAAAUGUAUGGAAGACAUUGACAUAUUCUCAUCAAAAGCUUCAACGAGCGGACAACCAACAAAUAGACGAGAGCGAAUCAUCUCCUUCCGUUCAUCCUAUCCAGUGUCCACGCUGUGACUUAUUUUUCCCACGUGUUGCCAGUCUUCAAGAGCAUCUUAUUGACGCUCAUCAGCAAAUAAGCGAUCCAGGCUUUCGAGUCGCUUGCGUUCGCUGUGGAAAAUCUUUGAGCACAGCAGAGCAAUUGGAGACUCAUCGAGAAAACUGCCAACCCGGAUCUGCUCGCUUUAAUUUUUCAACUGGCCCACCCAAACGGGGACGAAAGCCGCUUGCUUCAACUGGUGGUUUGAAAUAUCGCUGUGAGCAUUGUGAGAGGGAAUUCGAUUCGGCACCAUUAUUUCUUACACAUCAUCACCGAACACAUGACGACUGCUCCAAUGAAUCUCGCUGUUCCAAAGUUAUCGAUCGUCGUUUUGUUUGUCGAAAGGAACCUUGUGGAUAUAUGCGUUUUUCUUCUUGGGAAGAUCUACAGUUUCACUUUCUUUCAAUGCAUUAUAGGCCACCAACGGAGCCAGUGAUAACUAUCGCAAAACCGCCUGAAACGCCGGUAACUCUUGUGAGUCUAAAGGCUGGUGAGUCUCUAAAACGCACGCAUGAAGAAAUU